AUGAGUUUCAAGAAAAGAAGCUUCUCUCUGGACAGCUCUGCAUCCCUGAUCUCUGGGGGCAGUUUUCUGGGGGCAAAUGACCUGACCAGCAGCCGCAGGAGCAGCCUGAAGAUGAUCCGACCCCUGCCGAGUGUGGAUGAAUCUCCACAUCAGCUGCAGGAGCUCAGCCAGCAGGGCCCGGGCCGCUUCUCCCACAGAGAAGUAUCUAUAACUGAGGAGAGCUAUGAAAGGCCGGAUGUCAACAGCAAUAUUGCCAAGCAGAACAAGAGCUUCCACAAACUGUUCCCGGAGAUUCCAGACGAGGAGAGCUCGACCAACGCCUUCACUUGUGCCCUGCAGAAAGACGGGCUCUAUCAGGGGAAACUUUUUGUGUCUGAGAACAAUGUGUGCUUCCACUCGUCUGUGCUUAAGGAGACCAAGCUGGUUAUCCCUUUGUCCAUGGUGAGACAAGUGAAAAAACUACAUUCAGCUAUGUCCUUAAGCAUUCAAACUGCAGAUGGAGAAAAGUACUUGUUCGUGUCCCUUAUGAACCGUGGGAUGUGCUACAAACUCCUCCAAAGGGUCUGUUCACAUGCUCGAGUGGAGGAGAGCACCAACAGUAGCCCACGUGUCUCUUGUGGAGAAAAUGAUUUUGAUGUGAUAUCCUCCAACUCCAGUAUAGAAGACAGUUUUUCUAAUCAUCCAAGCAGGGAGAACAGGAUCAGUUAUGACAACGCCCCACAGUUGCAGAGUACAGUUCGCUCAAGAGUAAUUCAUCCAGUUCAAGCUGAAGUAGACAGAGGAGUGUUUGGCCGGAUUUCAUCAUUGUUCACCACCAGCGAAAUCAGAAAUCUUCAAAUCCUCUUUCAAACCUACAUUAUUCUAAUGCUGUUGCUUCUUUUGACGUCAGGCUACAUUGGAUUAAGGAUCAUUGCGUUGGAGGACGUUUUGAGCCAUAUGGAUUCUCACCACACGCAGUACAAUGAAACAUAA